CAUAAAGACAUGAAAGACCCCUGCGGCGCCGGGGCUUUAGUUACUCCUAAGUGACGGCCAUUACAAUGAGGGAGCCAUUAAAAUAAACACACAUUCGGUAAGAAACCCUAGAGAAACCUUGUUUACAAAACACGAGCGACCCCCACCCCUGAAGAAACCAGGGUCAAAGUUCACAGGAAGCUGGGGGGCUGCCAUUUUUUCCCUGCUGCUACUGCUAACGUUAGAUGCUAAAACGACGGGGAGGGGCGGCUGGCUUUGGAUUUUUGUAGCUAGCUGAUAUCAACUCAUCGAAAUCGUUACACGAAAUCCGUCUUUUCUCCGACCGUCGUCGCUAACAACUAAUUGUUAUUGGAUGAAUUCGGCAUGGAGAAGGUAGCGGAGCCGUCUUGGACUUCUUCGUACACCUACCAGGUGAGCAAGCACAGUGCGGAGAUGCUACACAACCUCAACAUUCAGAGGAAAGAUGGAGGCAGGUUCUGCGAUGUGAUCUUACGCGUCGGCGAGGAGAGCUUCCCCGCUCACAAGGCUGUGUUGGCCGCCUGCAGCGAAUAUUUCGAGUCGGUGUUCAGCCGCCAGUCGGACGACGACGCCAAGGAGCUGGAGAUGCACACCAUCAGCCCGAAAGUUUUUAAAGACGUUUUGGACUUCGCCUACACCUCCAGGAUCGUGGUGCGGCUGGAGUGCUUCCCGGAGUUGAUGACAGCUGCCAAGUUUCUCCUGAUGCGGUCAGUCAUUGAGAUAUGUCAGGAGGUAAUCAAGCAGUCCAACGUACAGAUCCUGGUCCCGACCACACGGGGAGGUGAAGCCAGCUUGUUCCAGGCCACGGGGGCCACGGAGCUGGGUUUCCCGGUGCCACAGCAGGAUCUGGUGAACGGAACCGGACUGCUGGUGAACGGGCAGAGCUUUGCCAACAAUGCCCAGAUGCAUGUGGGUGGGGGGGAAGACACCGCCGCAGUGUUGCUGGAGGACGGAGGCGAGUCGUCGGUGCCAAUGUUGGAGCCCGUCGAAGGACAGUCCGUGUCCCCAUCUACGGAAAUACCGGGGAACGCGUUUCAUCACGACGCUGGCUCCCCGGGGUCCAAAAGGAGCAGGGGCAGACCAAAGAAAGCUGGCGGGGUAGUGGAGGCUGUACACUUUAACCACGCAACCCAGAAAGACAAUGGGCUGUUUCCUUGCGGGACUUGUGGUAAAGCGUUUACAGAGGCUUCCCGCCUGAAGAACCACGAAGCGCAACACGGAGCCCACACCGUCAACAUCGUCGGUGACAGCCUGUCAGCUGCGGGCGGCAUUUCUCUAAUGUCUCCGCCCGGGCUGGUGGAGAACGGCGUGCAGUUACACGGAGGGCUGACGCUGGAUAACGGCCGCAAACGGGAGAGGACCAGGCGGCACGUCGGCUGUGACAUUUGCGGUAAAGUUUUCCGCGACGUUUACCACCUGAACCGACACAAGCUCUCCCACUCUGGGGAGAAGCCGUACGCGUGCCAUGUGUGCGGGCUCCGGUUCAAACGCAAAGACAGGAUGUCCUACCAUGUGCGGUCCCACGACGGGUCAGUCGGCAAACCUUAUGUGUGCCAAAGCUGUGGUAAAGGUUUUUCAAGACCAGACCACCUGAAUGGACAUAUCAAACAGGUUCACACAACAGAGAGACCCCACAAGUGCCAGAUUUGUAAUGCCUCUUUUGCUACAAGAGAUCGCCUCCGGUCACACCUUGCAUGCCACGAGGACAAAAUCCCCUGCAAAGUCUGUGGCAAGUUUCUGCGAGCCGCCUACAUGACAGACCACCUCAAGAAACACAGUGAAGGAACGCAUAACUACUGUGGCAUUUGCAACAAAGGUUUCUCCACUGCGUCCUACCUUAAGGUGCAUAUAAAGACGCACCAUGGCUCUCCGCUGCCCCACUCUGCCACAAUUCACACUUUCCCCGAGCCAAGGGGGGAACUGCAGAUGCACAACGGCAACCCUUACCACAUGGGACGCCAGUGCUCAGUGGAAGACCUGUGUGCCAGUCGUCAGCUGCUUCUCACCUCGUCUGAGGCAGAGGGUCGCUUUCAUGGUCUCUCUGGACACCCAGUUCUUCCUCAGCCGGGCCCUCCAGCCUUGGGCCUGCAGGCUGAGCUGCUCAUGGGGAAGGCAGGUGGGGCUCCAUAUUUCUGGGAGUGUCGCUCUGGCGGGUUGCCUGGCUUCCCCGUCCAUGGGCCUGUCGCAGACGGGCAGGAAAACGCAGAGAAAUGUCCUCAUCUGGAAUCAGAAGAAUCCGACCCUUCAUUCGGGGAUUUGUCCAACGGUGACGAGCUUAAAUCUCCACACAAACCUGAUGGGCCGGAGCUCGAGAUGCCCUCUUUAGCCUGCAAUGGAGCCUCUGCGGGGGGGGCCUUGGCAUCUCCGGAGGGAUCUAAAGCCAAGACGGACCCUGAGAAGAAAUUUAACUGCGACAUCUGCGGUCAGGCCUUUCGCACCAAGUCCUACCUCAACAAACACCAGCACAGAGUUCACAAAGCCCAGAAGGCCCAGGGGGUCUCAGGGUCGGGCUUAAAUGAGCUGGCCCCCUCCCUCACGUCUCCCUUCUCCCCUCAACAAAACAUGUCUCUGCUAGAGUCAUUUGGCUUUCAGAUAGUUCAGUCUGCGUUUGCCUCUUCACUGGUGGAUGCUGAGGCAGGUCAAAGUGGAAUCGACUUUGGAGGCAAGUGACAUAUUUGCUAAAGUUCUUGCAAAGCCUCUCAUUCUUAGGACAAAGCCAGGUUGCCCACAGAAGAUGCUCUGUAUUUGGGAAUAACUUUGCCUCAAGACUACUUUUUCUGUUUGUUACUUUGCUUAAUGUGUAUCUGAUAUUUUUGUCACAGACUGCCAUACAAUUCCUACCUUUUCUACUUUUUUCAGAGUAUGAAAAGUGCGUGUACGGUGUUAAAAUUCUCUUUAUAAAGAAGUGACAUGAAGGUUUUCCUUUAUCUGAUGUGGAUCCGUUGAAGUUAUGUUUGGUAUGCUUUCAUUUGUUUUUUGGCUUGUGCUAUUGCUUCCUUAGCUGCACAAAUGUUUCUUGACACGGGAUGAAUUAUUUACUGCAACCUUAAAGCAAGUAAUGACUUGCUGUUGCUGAUGUCUGUUUGUGAAUUCUGUAUUUAUGUUGUUCUCUGCGUCUUUCAAGAAGGAUUUUGUUUUUCUUAAGAACAGGGAUUUGGCCUCAAUUUUGAUGGCAGGUUUUCUUUAAAUCUGUUAAGUAUUCCCAGAAACAUUCCUAACAGGCCCACGGCAUAUGUCACGACAGAUUUAUUACGAACAAUUUUCUUUGGCUUCAUGCAGGAAGUGUCAGUUUACUGGCCACUGAGUAGCACUGAUAGCUGUCAAGGACCUUAAUGAAUUACUAUUGACAGGAUUACUGGGAAGAGGCACUUUUAAAACUUGGCGAUGAAACUUUAAAUUGUUACAGCAUCCACACAAAGCUCACCAUAAAAAUAUAAUAUAUUUCAGCUAAAACAUAAAUUAUGACUACCUCACAGAAGAAAAUAACACCAGUGUGUAUUAUAGCAGAGUUAAUUGUUCUGACUUCACUAGAUUUAAAGAAUAAGCCGGCCACUCUUCCUUUCAUUAAAAUUAGAAAUGCCUGCUGAAUGUUAGUUGAAAAAAAACUGUAUUUAAAGCUGCAAUAGCACAACAGUUUCUGAUUUGUAUUUUUCAAAUACAGGUCUUUAAAAAUGCUUGUAGUCCUGUUAGUAGAACUGCCUGUUUUAUUUAUUUUUUUAUUACUUGAACAAAGCCUUUGAGGAGUGUUAUCAUUCAACUUUAACCUGAGCUGUUGUGAAUCUGAACCCAAGAGGAGAGUUCGGUACACUGAUGUGACAGCUGGCUGGAGGGAUGUGCUGUAAAUGAAGCCAGUCUGCUGACAUGCUCAUUUUGGAUGUGAAAAGCCCAUUCAUCAUCUUUUGAUUUGAUGAUUUGUACAAUGAAUUAUUCAUAUAUAAAAACAGUCACAGAAGUAAGGAGCGGAAAGCCAUUACUAUUAUGAUCUAGACUGUGUACAGGAGUACCUUUAUUUUUUUUUUAUUUUUUAAUGAAUUUUCCCAGGAUGAAUCUUUUUAUAAAAACCUGUAAAAUUUGUCUUGAAACAUGCCUUGAGCUUGGUAGGAAUGGUUUUUAUACAUCCCCCUUAUAAUGACAAGGUUUCCUAGUCUUGUUUAUUAGCAAUUAAAUCAGUUGUGUACAUGAAACAGGGACCAAGGUCAGGUAUAUUUUCAGUAUAUAUUUUGAGAAAUGUAAAUUAUAUUUUAUUAACUUAUUCAUGCCCUCUGUUUAAAUUUUCAAAUGAAAAUCGUGUGAUUUGCUCAUUUUGAGAAUUGUUCACUCUAAAUCAUGUUAAACGGAGGUGUGUGUGUGUGUGUGUGUGUGUGUGUGUGUGUGUGUGUGUGUUGUGCAACAGCUUAGGGGGUUAGAGUGAUAAGUCGCACCCUGAUCCACCAGCCUCCGGACCGACCAAACGUAAUGCAACUUUCACAGAAUCAAGUAAUUAAGCUCACUUUAAUACUCGAGUGUUUCUUCCUCCUCAUCAUUUGCCCUUCUUGUAUCGUCACCACCCACUUGCUGUCAGAUUUACUUGUGCUAUUAGCAGAUAUCACGUCCUGUGUUUGCACUAUGGUUUCUAGGUUUAGGCACACGCUAUCCAUCUGGGAUGGUCUUACAGUGAACAUGUGUUUAAUCCAAAAUGUAGAAUCCGAGACAUUCCUGUGAUGAGAACUAAAUGGUUCCUCAAAUUAAAACACCGAUAGCGUCACACAUUCACCUCUCUGCUUUACUUUGUUUGAUUAGAAAUCUCUUUUUCAACGUUUCUACGAUGCAGAAUUGGUUUUAUAUCCUAAAAAAACAACAACAUACGGGAUGUUAUUGAUUCGUGGAAACUGUGCGUGAAGAUCAAUUCCCUGUACGUAAAAUUUAGUCAAUCAAAAAUCCAAAUGUAGACUCUUUUGGGUUUGUUUAUGCUGAGAGAAUAAGCAGUCACUUAGUCAGGAGUUACAGGAAAAAUUGCUGCAAAACACUGCUGGCAUUUGAGAGAAGGGAUCUACGUUAAAAUAAUGAGCACCUAAAAUAAAAUCUUAUUGACUUCUCA